CAGCUGAGUGGACAGACUUCAGAUGACUUUUCCGUUAUCUCCGGUGUGAAGCAAGGAUGCGUCUUAGCCCCCACACUGUUCAAUAUCUAUCUGACGGCUGUGAUGUCGUGCGCAUUCAACACGUGUGAAUACGGUGUGCAUCUGGAGCUCCGCAUUUAUGGGUGUUUGCUUAACAUCCGCCGCAUUGGAUCAAGAAGCUUAGUGCGUGAGACAACCACCCGUAUGCUGCUGUUUGAUGACGACUGUGCAUUGUUUGCACAUACCGAAGCAGAACUGCAAUGCAUGGCGACUGCAUUAGCUUCCACGCGACAAGUUUGGACUCAGCAUAAACACAAGCAAGACUGUAUGCCUAUUUCAGCCGGCGCCUGGAGUGCAGGCCAGGAGUACGAAUUGCAGAUGAAGUACUACAGAAUACGUCAGCAUUCUGCUACCUCGGGAGUACAUUGUCAACCGACCUGUGGAUCACCGACGAACUGCGCGCUCGUGUAGCGAAGGCGAGUGCGGCUUUUAGGAAACUGGAACAUCGUGUGUGGAAGAAUCAUCAUCUCAGGCUGGUAACUUACCUUACUGGCGCCUAGUCUUCCCACGAUGAUAGCAUUCAGUUGCUAGAAUACAAUGCUCCGUCAGUGUGAACCAAAGAACAGUGAAUUUAUAUAGUGGCGAGUUACAUGUCACGUCGUAGUGUUAUUAAGUGGACAAGCUGAAUGACGAACGACGAGAAGACGCGUUUUCUUUUGCAAGCUAUACCCAGUAGUUUGGUUUGAAAAAUGGGCAGUUUAAAAUGAACACGAUGUAUUAGCAAGGAAUAAAAGUAUCGUUAGAGAAGAUCAGACAAUUGCGGAUUGCCCAGCUGCUGUCUUUGUUGAAUAUGGCGACAGAAAUUUCAGCUGAUAGAGCGAGCCCAGAACUCUCGUUAGCUUAUCCAGCAUGCGGAUUCUGGCGUUAUCUUUGGUCAGCCAUGCACCGUUCAUCUCCACUCCGCAGCGAAUAUGCGCCACAAGCUCACAGACGAACAUCAAGAACUUUGUAUUAUUGCAGCUGUCAUUGUUGAUGAUCUCUAAGUGAACGAUGCCUUGGUUAUGCAUCACCACAAUCGGCGUCACCAUGAAAGAUAACCUUUGCGCGCAUCCCUCUUCUUGAGCGAGCCUGCGUCGGCUGCAGAUCUCUUCUUUUUCGGGUUUCACUUUAUUUUGUGAUGUCUCGCGUUGCGCCUGGAUUUCUAGAUAAUAUCAUUUUGUUGUGCGAUUCUUAUAAAGUUAGUCAUUAUGCUCAAUAUCCUCCUGGCACAGAAGAAGUUUACUCCUACUUUGAAAGUCGUGGGGGUCGGUUUCCCGAGACGGUCUUCUUUGGCCUACAAUAUAUUUUACUGAGAAGCCUUACUGGACCAGUCGUUACAUAUGAUAAAAUUGAGGAAGCGAAAAGCAUAUUGCAAGAGCAUUUCAGCAGAGACAUCUAUAACGAGAAUGGAUGGCGGUACAUCGUCAAAGAACACAAUGGAUACCUUCCUUUGCGAAUUAAAGCUGUUCCCGAGGGAUCGGUUAUUCCUAUAAAGAACGUUUUGUUCACGGUUGAAAAUACGGAUCCGAACUGUUUUUGGCUAACGAACUAUGUUGAAACGAUCUUGGUGCAGGUUUGGUAUCCCAUCACCGUGGCUACGAAUUCCCGUGCGAUGAAAAAAUUCCUAGCGAAAUACGCACUUGAAACGUCGGAUAAUAUGGAGGGCUUACUGUUUCAGUUGCACGACUUUGGAUUCCGUGGCGUUUCAUCAAUCGAGCACCAUGACUGUGUGGGGCGAGGAACGUGAAUCCGAAGUUUAUUCCUAUCUGCUCAACUUGUACCCUACGGGGACGUUUUCCUGCGUGUCCGACAGCUACGACGUUUGG